CAUCGUCGGUGAGCCGGACGCGAGUGCACCGCGUGUUUAAAACAGUGGAGUGACUGAGAACGGACGGCAAAACGGAAUUCAUCGGAACAGUGCAGGGCCAAUGUGCACCGGGUUCGAUCCAACAGCCAGUCGGGAGCGCUGUCACGUUUGGAGGUGAGCCCACGGGAGUGUUGGCGGCCGCCGCCCCCGUGGUAGUCAUGAACCAGCUCGGCACCGUCUACGCGACCAAGCGCCGCCGCAGGAAUGGCAAAAGUUUGAAACCGACGCCGAAAGACGGGGUGACGAAGAGCAACCCCAGCAAACGCCAUCGUGAAAGACUUAACGCCGAACUGGACAAUCUGGCCAGUCUUUUGCCAUUCGAACAGAACAUUUUGUCGAAAUUAGAUAGGCUGUCCAUACUGAGACUGUCUGUAAGCUAUUUACGCACCAAAAGCUACUUUCAAGUGGUCAUGCACAAAGAUAAAGAUGAUCCAGGCGGCCUCCAUCGACCUAGAGAUCUAACUGCUUUCGAUCACACUCCAUUAGAUGGGGAAAUGUUUUUACAAGCUUUAAAUGGGUUCCUAAUGAUACUGACUUGUGAGGGAGAAGUGUUUUUUGCAACGCAUAGUAUAGAAGGUUAUUUAGGGUUUCAUCAGAGUGAUAUUGUUCACCAGUCUGUUUACGAACUGGUUCAUUCCGAGGACAGGGAGGAACUGCAAAGGCAACUGAUGUGGAAUUCUUUUCUUCCUCCAGAAUCCGCCAACAUGGGCCUCCAAGAUGUACUUCUGACAGAAAACUGUCACUUACUCGAACGAAGUUUUACAGUGCGCUUCCGCUGUCUUUUAGACAAUACUUCCGGAUUUUUGAGAUUAGAUAUUCGUGGUCGUGUUAAAGUACUGCAUGGUCAAAAUCGAAAGUCAGAAGAACCUCCAUUAGCACUAUUCGCAAUUUGCACACCUUUUGGGCCUCCUUCGCUACUAGAAAUUCCACAAAAAGAAGUUAUGUUUAAGAGUAAACACAAAUUAGAUUUAGGAUUAGUAUCUAUGGAUCAAAGAGGAAAAAUGCUCUUGGGAUAUUCUGAUUCUGAACUAGCAAGUAUGGGUGGUUACGAUUUGGUCCACUAUGAUGAUUUAGCAUAUGUAGCCAGUGCACAUCAAGAAUGUAAGCGUUAUAUAUAUUUUUUUUUAAAUAAAAAAAAAACUACUUUUUGCGUUACAGUGUUGAAAACUGGAGCAUCAGGAAUGAUUGCCUAUCGAUUUCAAACCAAAGAUACCCAGUGGCAAUGGUUGCAAACUAGUUCGAGGCUUGUCUACAAGAACUCCAAACCUGAUUUUGUUAUAAGCACACACAGACCUCUAAUGGAGGAAGAGGGUCGUGAUCUGCUCGGCAAGCGCACCAUGGACUUCAAAGUCAGUUACUUGGACGCCGGUCUUCCGAAUAACUACUUUUCCGAGAACGACCAAUUAAUGUCGAGUACUCCAACCGUGGCUCAACAUUCCAUCUCAACCACACCGUCCAGAGUUAAUAGAAGGUACAAGACCCAGCUGCGGGACUUCCUAUCCACUUGCAGAACGAAACGCAAACUUUCUCACAGCUCGUCCAGCGGUCAAAUCACUCCACCUGCCAACGCUACCGUCACAGCAUCAGUUGUAAGUCCUAUGCCCACGGUGGAUUAUAUCACACCCGAUGGAUGCACUGCGACGUACAACAUGUACACAACGCCGUAUCCUACGGCUACUCCCGAUCACAGUCUGUCCUACAUGGGACACUCGAAUUUCCAGCACGGUUUGUAUCCCACAGCUCCCACUUUGGAUAAUCGCUAUCUGACUACAACUGAGAACUUGUUCCACCAGUACAGGCCGCUCAGUACGUACUAUCCAGAUUACCAUCACGCUCCCGCUACAAGUCCUUAUGUGGGUAACGGUUUUUUGGAUAUGUCAUCGAGAACGACAGCAGUUCCUACUUACGAUCCAGCUGCAACUACUGCAUCUCACCACACAACUUAUAGGGCCAGUGUCAUGCCGGUAGAUGAGAAACUGUAUCCCUGUCAACAGGUUGUGGAUACGUCUCCAACUCCUAAAUAUCCACCGUACGUGGACAGUACCCGUGGUUAUGCGGUGGUGAACUCGUCGAAAUGCAUCGACGUCGGUUGGCCGUACUCAGUCAGUCCCUCGUCGGGGAUCAUUCAGCCGGUUCAAGUCAUGAGUACACAAAUAGACCUAGGUCAGCACAAAGAUUGCAAUAAGAUGUCAAAGCAUUCGUCCAUGGAUGGUCUGUCGUCAAACCACUCGUCGUCGCCAGUCAACUCUGGUCUGAUCACGCCAAAAAUGGAAGAGAUCAAAACGGACAAUUCGAUGAUCCAAGCCGACAGUCCGAACCAUCAUAUCGCGAUGAGCCAACAGAACGCCGUGACACCCCAACACUUUUCCCCAGUUACUACUUCAAGCAUUCAAGAGAUGCCUCGACAAACCGUACUAAUGUGGGGCUCGAACCACAUACACAACUCCCCUACUCAUACAAACAGAUCGCCGGCCGAGAACCCGGAAUACCACGCAGCGCCUUCAUCUGAUGGGUGUGAGGCGCUGAAAUCUUUAUCCGAUAUUAGCAAUCCGGAUAUGUGCAAGUGGAACGGAGGCGAAAGUAAACAAGAGCCAGUGACUCAAACAAGCGAUCCGGACAGUCCACAUCAACAUCACUCUAAUCACCAUAACCAUCACAACUCCCGAGUAGUUAUGGUUCUAUGAUGAACGUAUUUCGUUGUUGUUUUGACAGCAGUUGUACAUAAAUAUAAAUACUUUUAUCAAAUUGCACAUAAUUUAAUAUAUCACCUUUAUUAUACAGAAACAUAUCUUCCUGCAUUGUGUUUUUGUUGUCAAUGUCUUCGAAUUUAGAACAUUACUUAGUAAAUGUGAAGUGAUUAUACAGUUUUGUAGGGGAAGUUUUGUAAGCACUCGACAAACGCCACAGGAAAUUACGCUGACGUUUUUGGUAUCUUCCGAAUAUUGUAUCAAAAUACUAUUAUGUUGAAAUUAAAUUAUAUUUCAUUCAAGUAAGUGUAGUUUUGAGAUAUGAAAGUUGCCUUAUGUUGAGUGUUCUACAAGGAUUGCUCUAUUAUUUUUGAUAUUUGAGUUAUUAGCAUUGUCAAUGCUUUAAAACGGUACUGAUUGUCUAGUACCUAGAUUUGUUAUUUAUUUUUUAUAUUUUUACGCAGUGAAAAUCAUGCUAGUCAUUAAACUGGUUAUUUGUAUAUGUUGUACAUUAUUAUUUAUAAAUGUAGUGAUAUAAUUUAAAAAGUAGAAGUAUAAUUAUAUUAGACUAUAAUAAUUUUCAAAUAUGAAAUAGAAAUGUUAUAUUUAAUUUGAAACAAGUAUAUGUGUUAUGUUUUUUUAUUAUUAUUUUCCUGCAAAACAAUAUUACAAUGUAAUUGAGAUAUAUCAUUCAAUAGAGGUAAAUUUUAAAGAAUAAUUGAAUAUAAAAAAUUCUUAAAUUGUACAUUAAAUUAAGAACUGCGUACUGUGUAUGGAAAAUGUAUAAUGAUAAUAAAAUUAAAUACUAUAUUAUGAAUUAUUUCCUGAGUUUUAUUGAAAAAUGGGAUAUUUGUUAAAAGAGAAUUUUUUUCUUUAAACAAUUUUAUUUUUAUUAAACUAU